AGGCAAAGAAGAAACAAAUUUCUACAAUUUGAAAUCUCCAUCCUUAGAUACUAGAAGUUUCUCUGUGCCAAUAAGUGACCAUCUUACAGUUAAUGACCUCACUUCACAUCAAUUAUCUUAUCCGAAAACAAAUAAAAUUGCAAAUGUUUGAAUCGUAAUAGCUCAAUGGCGUUAUCUAGAUCUCAUUACUCACGUUCACCAAUAAUCUUGUUUGUGAUGUAAUUUAAAAAUAUCUUAAACACAUCUCACCCUCUGACCUCAGAGUUGGAGAUAAGAAUUAUUUAGUAUCGGAUCUGUAGACUCUAUAGUUCGGUAUUGACAGUCGAGAAUGAGAGUUAGGAAUCGAUAGCGUUGUGUAUAGUGCUAAAAUGAAUUCGAUCAGAGUGUUCGUGAGAAACAUGAGCAACGUGAGGAAAUGGGAGCCUCUGAAGCGAGUGGGCAUCGUCGGGGUGCCCUUUGAGAAGGGGCAGAAAAAGUAUGGAGUUAGCGUCGCACCGGCUGCCAUGAGAGCUGCAGGGCUCAUUGAACAGCUUAAAGAAAUCGGUGGCUUAGACGUAAAGGACUAUGGGGACAUCGACAUCAGCUCCUGUGUGGAGACCGUAGCCGUGGACAACAUGGCGCACUUGCCUCUGGUGUCUGAGUGCAACAGGAAGCUCUCCAGUAAAGUCUCUGAGGUCCUGAAGGAUGAACGGGUAGCCAUCACCAUCGGCGGAGAUCACUCUAUUGGAGUUGGAACGGUGGACGGCCACUACAACGUGAACGAAGACAUGAUCCUCAUCUGGGUGGACGCGCACGCAGACAUCAACACCAACAAGACCUCGGACUCGGGCUCCGUGCACGGGAUGCCGGUGGCGCUGCUGGUCAAGGAGCUGUCGGACUACUGGCCGUAUCUGCCUACCAUGGACUGGCAGGUACCCAAAUUUUCCAUAAAAAAUCUUGGAUACGUGGGUUUGCGGUCCGUAGACACAUACGAGAGGUUGGCUAUAGAAAAAUACGAAGUACCAGCAUUCGCAAUGGAAGACAUUGAACAACACGGCAUACAAAAGUCCAUACACCACAUUCUCCAAGUGCUGGAUCCCGACAUGAAUAAGCCCAUUCAUGUAAGCUUCGACAUAGACUCCUUGGAUGCUUUGGAAGCACCUAGUACAGGCACACCAGUUCGUGGUGGACUGACGCUCCGCGAGGCUAUAUCCCUGAUGGAGAUCAUCCACUCAACGGGGCGUCUCCGAGCCGUGGACUUGGUAGAAAUCAACCCAGCGCUGGGCAACGACUCCGAUCGUCGGAAGACGCUGGAAGCCGGCCUUUGCGUUCUGAAGGCAGCUCUAGGCUUUUCAAGAAGAGGAACCGCACCUAGAGGCAUUCUGGACCUACCUGUACAAACUUAUCAUAACCAAGAAACUGGUAAAGCGCAACAGUAGUGCGGUUUGAAAACGAGAAAAACGAUUUAGAUGUUUUGUAAAUAGUUUCGCAUAAGCCUGGAUGGAUCUAAAUAUUUAAAGGGUCAAUAGCAGCCUUUUAGCCUUUUUUUUAUACUUGAUUUUGAAUUGAGUUUCAUUUCAGUACUAUAUUAUGCUUAUUAACAGUAUGAUGGACUAAAUUACUUAGCUGCUAAAAAAGGCCAAAAUUGAUAUCAGCUUCCUGGAAUAUUUUUACUUCUCCUUAAUUAAAUCUGAUAUCUACCGAUUUUAGGUAAUUUCACUUGGAGACGCCCAACUUUAAGUCUACCUAUUAACUUCAUCAAUCAUAAUUAUCGCCUAUUUCAAAGUAAAGUUUUAGAGUCCGUUACAAAGUUAUAAUUAUGAUUAAAUGGAAGUACCAAGUCAGCUCCAGUUUCAGGAGCGAAAAUAAAAAUUUUGGUAGUUACGCUCAGCUGAUUGAAUAAAACCGAUUGAUUGAAUAAAAUCCGAUCGCAUUAACAUCCAGUCUUUCAUUACGAUUGUCCCGUUUUCAAUUUGUUACAUGAGCCUCUCUACAAUUUGUUGAUAAGCGGAACGGCAGUUAAUCUUUGAUUGGAUUGCUGAGAACAAAGGCAGGUAUUUCCAUUAUUAUAAUUCCUAGAUCUGCGGUUUUAAUUACGCGCAGUAUGAAAGCAAGAUGAUUGGAAUCCUAAUAUUCGCCUUUAUUAUUACUUUAGGAAGAACUUUAGAAGCUGAAAAGGACGAAACUGAUGAAGAAAUAGUUAAAAUUCUUAACAAAUACAUAAGCAAGAUCCCAGAUGUGGCACCAAAAUACGUCAUCAACGAAGGCCUCACCAAAAUGAUAUCCAAGUACUUUGAUGGGAAAUUAAGUACUUUUCCACUGUAUAAAUUAAGUUUCAAAAUAGAUCGGAAACCUGUGAAAAUUCCUUGGGAAUUAGGAAAACCUAGUAAUUUCAACAACACGAAGGGAAGUAAAAAGUACACCUACGUUCGAGUAGAAAAAUUAGAAGAACCCGAUAAUAAGUAAAGCAAAUAAAAAACUUGUGUAAAAUA